AUGGCCCGAUUUGGGUUGCUGGCGCUGGCCUCAUGGCUCGGCCUCGCCGCGGCCAAGGAAGUGUACCUGGACUGGAACGUGACCUGGGUCAAUGCCUCUCCGGAUGGCUAUGAGCGUCCCGUCAUUGGAAUCAAUGGCCAAUGGCCGUGCCCCCAGAUCGAUGUCAACGUGGGGGACCGCCUCGUCGUGGAUGUCUACAACGGUCUUGGAAACGAGAGCACUGGCAUUCACUGGCACGGAUUCCGCCAGUAUGCGACGGGGGUAAUGGAUGGAGCCAGUGGAGUGACACAAUGUCCUAUUGCUCCUGGCUCUCACAUGCAGUAUCACUUUGAUGUCAACCAAACGGGAACUUACUGGUAUCACUCGCACAACAUGGCCCAGUACCCUGAUGGAUUCCGGGGUGCUCUGAUUGUCCAUGACCCCAAGGUUCCCUUUGCAUACGACGAUGAGUUCACCAUCACGCUGUCCGACUGGUACCACCAGCAGAUGCCGGAUCUUCUCAAUGGAUAUGAGUCCGAGUCCAACAUGCAGGCUUUCCAUGGCAACGAGCCUCUCCCUGACUCUGCCCUGAUCAAUGAUUCGAGCAACACCAAGAUCAAGGUCCUCCCCAACAAGACCUACCUGGUGCACAUCAUCGCUCUUGGAAACUGGCCUGGUCACACCUGGGUCUUCGAUGGCCACGAGAUGACUGUGGUCGAAGUGGAUGGUGUCUACGUUGAGCCGUACGCGGCUGGAGACAAGUUCCUGCGCAUUGGAAACGGACAGCGCAUGAGUGUCCUGAUUCAUACCAAGCCUGACACCAGCAAGAACUUUGCCAUCUGGGACACCAUGGACAUCAACAUGAUGUUCGUCUUUGAAGGACGGCCCAUUCCUCCGGGAUACAACCCCAACGCCACUGCCUGGUUGGUCUACGAUGAGGCCAAGCCCCUGCCUGCCCCGCCAGUCUUUGGCACCGACUUCAACUUCGUGGACGAUGUCGAUUUCAUCCCCCGAGACCGUGAGCCCAUCCUCGGUCCCGUGAACCAUCAGAUUGUUCUCAAUACCGGUAGCCGAGAGAUCAACGGCGUUCAGCGCUUCACCGUGAACAACGAGACCUACAUGCCCCCCAAGGUACCAACAUUGUACACAGCCAACACCGUCGGCCCCGAUCUUGCCUCCAACCCCGAGGUGUACGGUCAAGUGAACCCCUUCGUGGUGAAGUAUGGCGAUAUCGUUGAGAUCGUCAUCAACAACCACCACAACAACCUGCACCCCUGGCAUUUGCACGGUCACCAGUUCCAAGUGCUGCAGCGCUCUCCCCCUGAUGCCGGCGAUUACACCAGCCUGGGCCCCAACGUCUCCCAGACCCCCGUCCGACGCGACACAAUCAUGGUUCAGAACAACGGCCACGCCGUCCUUCGUUUCCGCGCCGACAACCCCGGUGUCUGGCUUCUCCACUGCCACGUCGAGUGGCACGUCGAGGCCGGCCUGAUGGCCACCAUUAUCGAGGCACCCGAGACUUUCCCUGGUUCCGAGAAGGCUCCCCCAAACAGCCACUAUCAGGUCUGCGCUGCCUAUCCCUCUCCCAGCAGCGGAAACGCCGCUGGCAAUGAUGGCACUGACCUGAGUGGCCUUGACACUACUGUCUCCCCUGGAAGCAAGGGUGCUCUCUAUCACGGCGUGGCAAAGGCCGCUCCCGCUCCUUCUUCCGCAGCUGCUCCUGCCCCUCAGCCUACCACUGCACAGGCUCCUGCGCCCAAGCCAGCUGCCCCACAGGCUCCUCCUCCUCAGGCCGCUGCUCCCGCUCCCAAGCCAGCUACUGCCCAGGCUCCUCCUCCUCAGGCUGCCGCUCCCGCUCCCAAGCCAGCCUACACCAAGGCACCGGCUCCCCAGCAGGCUCCUGCCCCUCAGCCAGCCGCUCCCCAGGCCCCCCACCAACAGGCACCCCCUCCCAAGCCCGCUGCCCCUGCCCCUCACCCCGCAGGCCCCAAGCCAGUCGCUGAGGUGCCGGCGCCUGUGCCUGCGCCUGAAGCACCUGCUCCUCAAGAACCCGUGGCUCAAGCUCCCCAGCCUGUCCCGGUGGCAGCUCCUCAGCCCGAGUAUUACCCCGAGGACUACUACUACCCCGAAUCCGACGACGAGCCCGUACACGUCACCUCGCAAGAGGACAACGGACCUUGGCCAGAGCCUCACGCAGACCACAGCCACGUCCAAGAGGGCGAGACAGACUCCCACCAUGAAGGCGAGCCCGUCAUCGCCGAUUCCCAGGAUACCAAGGGCCCAUGGCCUAACCCCCACAACGACAAGUCCCACGCCCAAAUCGGCAACCCUAACGACCCCUCGACUGACCCGAUCGUCGCUCACAACGAGGACAGCAAGGGUCUCUGGCCUACUCCGUAUAACAAUGACGGAUAUGUCACUGAGGGCGGCCACACCAUUCACACGCAUGAUUCUGGGUAA